UGGUGUAUUGUCGAGCCGAGGGCCAAAGACUGAUUUAGAUAAAUAGUGUAUUAAUCCAGGUUGAAAAUAGGUCAAACCCAUCUAAAAUGGAUGCAUUUGCUCUAAUGGUUUGAGUGUUUGACCACUUCGACCAGUUACGACUUAUGUUGACCAUGUUUGAAUCUUAUUACUGAAUUUGACCAUUAAACUCAACUUUUGAUUAAUUGGCUCGAGACCUAAUUUAUAUCGACAAAUUCCAUUAGACACGAUACACGUUUUGGUUUCCAAUUAAUCUAGGAACAUGAACGUCACUUAGUAAUUUGACGAAUUAUUAAGGACACCCACGUAUAUCAUUAACCAUAAUUUUGGUGUAAAUUAACAAUUACAGUUCGACGAAGCGCAAACCAAGACAAUAACAACAACCUUAUCUUCUUAAUAACCACGGAUUAAAUUCACCAAACGUGUAGACUUACACAACCAACUUAGGCUAUCAUCAUUCUUUUUUUUCUUUUUUUUGAGGAGAUCAUCAUUUUUAAAAAAUUUUUUUUUUUAAAGAAAGGAGAUCACCACUCUUUUUCUUAACAAAAUUUGUUGGGCAUAGUCAUUCCCUUGAAAUUUACUGGAUGGAUACCCACUGCAUAACCUUGACUACAAAGACUCCUGCUUAACCACAAUUUCAAACAUAGCCGAUUCUUGAACCACAAGAGCCAAAAGCUUCUCGUCUCGGCUCAAACCAAAACCACCCACUUAUUCUCAAAUCCAAAAACCUAAACAACGAAUAGUGCUGCGGUUUGAUCUGGGUCUCUCACUCUCUCUUGGGCUUUUCAGGUUUGUACCUCGUCUUUGUUUGCCGUUUAUUUGUUGGCUACUUAACCGAGGAAGAGGAGCGGUGACUAGUGCAAGGAAGGACCAAAAUCAACAAGGUAGGUAUUGAUGAUGACACUGGAAGGAGCGGCCCUAAAACUGCCAACAUAUUCAUUCCCGUUGAUAAGACCUCGAAGCUGCCGACGCUAUCUCGUAUCAGCUUCAACUGCUGCAGCUCCACCCGCAUCCCUUUCACUUGGCCACUUGACCCGACCCGAUUUCCCUAUCCUUCACCAGGAAGUAUAUGGAUCUAGACUUGUUUACUUGGACAAUGCUGCAACUUCCCAGAAACCUAUCACCGUAUUAAAGUCUUUGCAGGAGUACUAUCAAGGAUACAAUUCAAACGUGCAUCGUGGGAUUCAUUUCUUAAGUUCAAAGGCAACAAUGGAAUAUGAAUUGGCCAGAAAGAAGAUUUCGGAAUUUAUCAAUGCAUCAGAUUCUCGAGAAAUUGUAUUUACUAGGAAUGCUACUGAAGCCAUCAAUCUGGUUGCUCACUCGUGGGGACUCCAAAAUAUAAAAUCAGAUGAUGAGAUCCUACUCACAGUUGCCGAACAUCACAGUGCUAUUGUUCCUUGGCAACUCGUUGCUCAAAAGACCGGUGCCGUUUUGAAAUUUUCGGAACUAAAUGAAGAUGGAGUUCCAGAUGUUGAAAAAUUAAAAGAUAUGCUUUCGAGAAAGACAAAACUUGUAGUUGUUCAUCAUGUUUCAAAUGUUCUAGGUUCUGUUCUUCCUAUUGAAGAUAUCACAUGUUGUGCUCAUGAUGUUGGGGCAAAAGUUCUUGUAGAUGCUUGUCAGAGUGUUCCACACAUGGUGGUUGAUGUACAGAAUCUUAAUGCUGACUUUCUUGUUGCUUCCUCUCACAAGAUGUGUGGGCCUACGGGAAUUGGAUUCUUGUACGGAAAGAGUGACCUCCUUUCUUCCAUGCCUCCAUUUUUAGGUGGUGGAGAAAUGAUAUCUGAUGUAUUUCUGGACCAUUCCACUUAUGCCGAACCUCCAUCUAGAUUCGAGGCUGGAACACCAGCAAUUGGGGAAGCAAUUGGGCUGGGAGCAGCUAUUGAUUAUUUGUCUGGAAUUGGUAUGCAAAAGAUACACGAGUAUGAGAGAGAGCUGGCCAAAUAUUUGUAUGAUAGUCUUUGUACAAUACCCAACAUUCGCAUUUAUGGUCCAGUGCCUUCAGAAAAUAACCACCGCGCUGCUCUUUGUUCUUUCAAUGUUGAGAAUAUACACCCUACAGAUUUGGCAACUCUUCUUGACCAAGAGCAUGGAGUGGCAAUCAGAUCAGGUCACCAUUGCGCCCAACCCCUUCAUCGACAUUUAGGAGUCGGUUCAAGUGCACGUGCGAGUCUCUACUUCUACAACACUAGAGAGGAUGUUGAUGACUUUAUCCAUGCCCUAAAUGACACAGUCAGAUUCUUUAAUUCUUUCAAGUAGUCUUGUAGUCAUUCUUCAAUUCUCAGGUGAUUGUAAAUUUUGUAUGAGUUUAAGUUAUUUGAGAAUUAUUACUCUUAGCUUACCUAGCUCAGAUACGUGGACCAGAAAAAACAAAAGCACAAUUUGUAUAAUGUACGGCAGGAACUCAACCCACUAGUGUGAUAAACAAGUCUUUUGAAAGCAUAGGCUUGGAAAACUGAUAUCAGAAGAAACAUAGUUCUUCAAACAUAAUU